UGUUAUUGCAGGAAGUGAAGAUGGCGGCUCAGUCGUUGCUCUCCGAGUCCGUGCUCGGGUGGUCUAUUUUCACCUUUAUACUUUUGGGAAUCCUGGCUUUCUGUUGGGUGUACAUUCGCAAAUUUCAAAGUCGUCAGGAGAGUGAAGUUGUUUCAACUAUCACAGCAAUAUGUGCACUGGCCAUUGCUUUGAUAACAUCUGCACUUCUUCCAGUGGAUAUAUUCCUUGUUUCAUUCAUGAAGUAUCCCAAUGGUACCUAUAAGGAAUGGGCAGCAAACAAUGAGACGAGGGGGCAAAUUGAAGACACUGUGCUGUAUGGAUAUUACACACUUUACUCCAUCAUACUGUUUUGUGUCUUCCUAUGGAUCCCCUUUGUUUAUUUCUACUAUGAAGAAAGGGAUGACGACAACGUGAACAAAUGCUCGCAAGUGAAAAACGCUCUGAAGUACACAGUUGGAUUUGCCAUUGUCUGCGUCGUGCUCCUUUUAAUUGGAGCCUUUGUUCCACUUGAGGCCCCUCCUGGUCAGAAUUCCACUCAAUGGGAGAAAGUGCAGUACCUCUUUGAGGAGCUUGGGAGUAGUCAUGGUCUACCUGCUCUGUCCUUCUCCAUCAGCUCCUUGACCUUGAUUGGCAUGCUGGCAGUGAUCACUUACACGGCAUACGGUAUGUCCGUGCUGCCUUUGAAUCUGAUAAAAGGCACCCGGAGUGUGGCAUAUGAACGCCUGGAGAACACAGAGGACAUUGAUGAUGUUGAGCAUCAGAUAGAAAAGCUUAAAUCCAAGUGUAAUGAUGGACGUCCCCUUUCAUCAAGGGACAGACACAACCUGCAGGAGCUGGAGGGCAAACUGCAGGUCCUCCGGCGCAGGGGGAGACACCUGGAAAUUGCAGAGAGGAACUGCUGCAAUAAAGUGGGCAGUGCUCUCAGGCCUGUCAAGAUAUUGUUGGGCAUUUUCUUUAUCCUGGUUGCAUUGCUGUUCGCUGUUGCACUCUUCAUUUCAAAUUUGGAUAAAGCUCUCCACUCUGCUGGCAUCAGCUCUGGGUUCAUAAUCUUUGGCACCAAUUUAACCAAUCCUCUGAAUGAACUUCUAUUAGCCUUACAACCCGUUUUUCCAUUGGAUUACAUCCUGAUCACGGUCAUUACCAUGUACUUUGUAGUCACAUCCAUGGCUGGCAUCCGCAACAUGGGCAUCUGGUUCUUCUGGAUAAGGCUGUACAAAAUAAGACCUAAGAGAACUCGCCCCCAGGCUCUCCUCUUCCUCUGUAUGAUUCUUCUCUUGAUUGUCCUUCACACCAGCUACAUGAUCUACAGCCUAGCCCCACAGUAUGUCAUGUAUGGCAGCCAGAAGUAUCUUGUACAGAGUCAGAUGCCCUCAGCAGGUCCUACAUCUGGGAAUGCUACUUUUGGCACCACAAGGAUCUGUGAUGCUGACGCGCCUGAGGACCAGUGCACAGUGACCAGAUCCUAUCUUUUCCUCCACAAGUUCUGGUUCUUCAGCACCAUCUACUAUUUUGGUAACUGGGCCUUUAUUGGGGCGUUCCUCAUCGGACUGGCCGUGUCCUGCUGCAGAGGGAAGAAGUCGGUGAUUGAAGGGGAGGUGGAGGCCGAUGACUCAGACUUAAGCGAUGAUGAAUAUGUGCACUGAAAUCAGCAUUCGCUCGGACAUCCCAACCAUAACUUAAAGGGACUAGAAAGUACAAUUUCAUAAACAAAUAAAUGGCCGUCAGUGAUUUGUCAUAAUGUAAUUUAUUGCUUUUAAGGAGUUAUUGCGGAGGUGUCUUGUGGGCCCCAGCCUUGUUUUGAGUUGACACAUCCUUCCCCUUAAUGAGAGAGCUCAGACCGAUUGUUGUGUCUUUCGCAGUCAAUAUUAUUGAUGACGUUGGGAUUCUGGGAGCGUCCUCCAACUCAAUCCUACCUUGAGAAUUCACUUAUCACCAGUUUGAAACUGACACAAAUUGGUCAUUUUUCUCCUGGAGGAGACACAGUUGCCGCGGCAGCAGAGACGGCUCCAAAACUUUAAGUCAAAGCUUUAUUUGGAGACAUAAACUUUACGUUUUUAAAUUCUCUAAGCACUUUCUAGACCCUUUAAAAGGUUACGUGGUGACAAUAUCUAUAGUGGGCUUUAAUAUACCUUUUAAGAUAAAGUACCAUGAAGCAUGAGUCUGCACAAACUCCUCUGCUUGCUUGUUUUCUGAGAAGCUAAUUGGUGUAAAAUAAUGAUUCCUAAGUUUUGACAGCUGUAACAUUUUCAAAGUUCAUUUAGCUUGUUUUUGUCUGAGGUUUAAUAUUGUGCUAGAGGGGCUUUUUCCACCCCGAGUUUAGGUUUUUGCUGCAAGUGUUACUGUACUGGCAUACCUGCACUGUGUGUGAAAUGUAAAGGACCAAGUGCGGCCGACGUGUUUUCCAAGUUUCAGUUACUCUUGGUUUUUAAUGAAUUGGGUUCAACAGCUUUUAGCUCUCUGUGUUGGAAGAGCAUGCGAAAAAAAAAAAAAAAAAAGAAUCAAGAUUUGGAUGUAAUUUUCCUUUCUUUAAUUAAGGAGCACUGCUUGUUUUGCCAGUGCUUCAGAGUUCGUCAACAGCAGGCUUGUUACAUAGAAUUAUUAAUGGCUUUUUUCUGCUAUGUUUGAUUUCUUUUCAGUGUACUUAGCAUCGUCAGAGUGCUUAGAAACUGUUGAUUUAAUGAACAAACUGACAGAAAAUAUGAAUGAGAUUGUUUUCUUUUUUAAUUUGGAAACCAAAUGUUUGUGCCUCAUGAAUGUGUAGCACCAUGAUGGGCGCAUGCUCUCCUGAAGUAGCCUCACAGAAAUCGGCCUCGAUGACGACGACAGGAGCUGCAUUACAUGUCAUUUUCAUUUGUGAUGAAAGAAGGAAGGCUGUGGUGGAAGUUGUGUCAGUAUUUAAUGAUACCUGUAUUUAAAGAAAUAAAAUGAUGAUAUCAGU